AUGGGUGGUGCGUUGGCAGUUCAUGCAGUGCACAGUAAUCGUAUGGAUGCAGUGGUCGGUUUAGGUGUUAUUGAUGUGGUGGAGGGGAGUGCGAUGGAAUCGUUGAGUGUCAUGGGUGUGGUCAUCAAUAGUCGUCCGAAACAUUUCGCUUCCGUCGAAGGUGGCGUUGUUCAGUUGUUUGCAUUGAGUUCUACCCCUAGCAGUUCAUAUGAAUGGGAUAGAUGUUCAGUUACUUAUUUCUGA